AGCUCUUAAGCUCAUAUCUGAUAACAGAGACCCGGGUGUCCUCGAGUAGUGGAUUGGUCAAGUUUUGAUGACUGAUCAUCGGCGCGGCUAUCCGAUGGAAAUGAAAUUUCACUGACAUAAAUAUGACUCUUCUUCCUCGACAUGUUUAAAAAAACAACCCAUCAUGUCCACCGAAAUUGAACUGGUUAAUUUGAGACGAAAAUUGAUAAUUCGGACGAACGAACGAUUGAUCUCGAGGAUAUGAUUAUAGAUGUGCAAACAGCACAGACAGGAGGAGCUAGCGAUGUUGACGAAGUGCCUUUGAAUGCGUCGUCGUUGCCUCCGAUGGAUCGUGGGUUUCAUGCCUGGGCGUUCCUCGUCAGUCCAUGGCUUCUCGAGUUUCUUGUCUGGUCUUAUCCCUUCUCUUAUGGUGUUUUCCUCAACUACUACACCUCGCAUGAGCCUUUCCAAAACACCCCAUCGUCGCUCCUCGCCCUUGUCGGGUCUCUAUCCACUGGAUUAAUGUAUUUUGCCUCACUUAUCAUCCUUCCUGUGUUCUCGCGAUUUCCAGUACACAAAAAGAAGGGAAUGUACAUAGGGCUGGUACUAUGCGUCGCAGGUUUAUUUGGAGCAGCAUUUGCAAAGACUUCGGGUCUUUUGUUAUUGACUCAAGGAAUUCUUUAUUCGAUCGGAGGCAGCAUGCUGUAUUUUCCUACCAUGACGUACACGUUUGAGUGGUUUUCUGAAAGGAAAGGAUUGGCAAAUGGCCUCAUCUUUUCGGGCUCUGGCAUCGGAGGCGUCGUGAUGCCAAUAGUCAUCAAGAGUCUUUUGUAUACAUAUGGUUUCAGGACCACUAUGCUAGCUCUAGGAACUGCCUUCACUGUUUUUGCCCUCCCUGCGUUGCCCUAUAUCAAGUCGCGAGUUCCACCAUCCCAAAUCGUCCAUCAUAGAUCCAUCAAUACCCAGUUUCUCAAGUUCAAACCUUUUUGGAUUUUACUCAUCGCCAACUUGAUACAAGGAUUGGGGACAUUCCUUCCUACGCUAUAUUUACCAACUUUUGCAACAGAUCUUGGAUUAAAUAAUGCAGCCUCCGCAGGAACUUGGGCACUGUCAUUGAUGAAUGGAACUUCUGCGCCAGGUUGCAUUUUCCUCGGCUAUCUUUCCGAUAGGUUCGACUUACGCAUCUCCAUCUUCCUGUCUGCACUCGGCUCCUCCUUCGCCGUUCUGUGUAUAUGGGGCUUUACUACCCAACUCGCUACCCUCCUUGUAUUUGCUGCCGUCUACGGUUUUCUUGCACCCAGCUGGUCUGCGUUGUGGACAAAGUUCGCAUCAACAAUAGGCGGUGAUGAUCCACACUUGUCGUCAAUGUUGAUGUGUAUUUUCAUUGCCGGUAGAGGCGUCGGUAACGCCUUGUCUGCACCUAUUUCCUCUGGGUUGUUACACCCAUGGGCGCUCACAGGAAAGUCUGAGUAUCCAUAUGCAUUAAAAGGAUAUGGGCCUUUGAUUCUGUUUACAGGCAUAAUGCUGCUGUCGAGUAUGGUCGGAGUUGUCUACCGUCAGCUCGACUCGAAGGUACUACGUGUAAGUAUACCGAGAAGACUCGGACACCUCUUAUAAAUAUCCUCGUAGUGAAACUUAAGUAUCUAUGUCUUUUUUUCAUCCUGACCGCAACACCCUCUCCGUGGUUCUUUGUCGUGUUGUCGUGACUAUUCUGCUUUCUGUGCUCCGAUGAUCUAUGUUUUCCUUUAUAGAUGCAUGUACACUAUGCAAUGGGUCAUUUGACGAGCAGCUGGAAACUCUAGAAUUUGGCCGGACCUAUUUGUGGUACACCCCUCGUGGUGACCUUAGCUGCUAACUGUCAUGACGGCU